UGAAACUAUCACAGAUGUCAUCAGAGUAGUGGAGCAGCAAGGAACAGAUGCAUGGUGGACCCUUCCUGUUGAACAACUACUGUCAAAGGAGGCGGUAGCAAAGGCUGGCGGUCACGAUGUUUCGGAUUACGUCAAGGGACAGGAUGUCCUAGACAUCUGGUUUGACAGUGGAACUUCCUGGGCUCAUGUUUUGGAAGGUGCAGAGCAAAGAGCAGAUACGUACCUUGAAGGAAAAGACCAACUGGGAGGUUGGUUUCAAUCCUCUCUAUUAACCAGCGUGGCAGCAAGGAAAAAAGCACCAUAUAAGACUCUGGUAGUUCAUGGAUUUACUCUUGGCGAGAAGGGGGAGAAGAUGUCUAAAUCUAUUGGCAACGUGGUUGACCCCGAUGUCGUUAUCAAUGGAGGCGAAGAUCACAGCAAGGACCCUCCGUACGGCGCAGACGUUCUCCGCUGGUGGGUGGCAGAAUCCAACGUUUUCACGGAGGUGCUGAUUGGGCCUGUCGUGCUGAACGCUGCACGAGAUGAUAUCAAUAAGCUUCGCAACACACUGCGCUUCAUGCUGGGAAACUUGUCCGACUUCCAUCCGGCAACCGACUCCAUCCCCGCGUCGGAGAUGUACAUAGUAGACCAAUACGUGCUGCAUUUGCUGCAGGACUACGGCAGCAAGGUCACGGAAGCGUACAAAGAAUACGACUACAGCAAAGUUGUUCGGUUGCUGCAAGCGUUCUGCUCCCGGAACUUGUCCAACUUCUACUUCAGCACAGUCAAAGACAGGCUCUAUUGCGAAGAAGAGAAGGAUCCUAAGCGUCGCUCGUGUCAGACCGUGCUCGCAGAGGCUUUGGAUGUCGUAGUCCGCUCCUUUGCCCCCAUUCUUCCCCACUUGGCAGAGGAGGUUUUCCAGCACCUCCCUUAUAAGCAAGACUCGGAGGGCGUGUUUCGGACUGGCUGGAUUAAUGCAAGCUCGGCCUGGAAGAAGCCCGGCAUUGAGGAAGCCAUAGAAGGUGCAUGUGCACUGAGAGACUCUUUCCUCGGGUCCAUCUCCGGCAAGAAUGCCUUGGAGUACGAAGUCAUCAUCGUAAUUGAGCCCGGAUUGCUGUUUGAGUUAAUGGAGGCACUGCAGGCUGAAGAAACGUCCAGUGUUUCACAGCUGAAUGAACUCAUGACGGCUUCCCAGACAACCCUGCUGAGCGAGCUGCCUAAGGAAACGCCGGCAGACGCGAGCAUCGUCGAAGGGACCUUCCUGAUUAACUUGGAAGGGGGUGUUAUCCGUGAAGAAUCUUCCUAUAAAGUUAUAGCCCUGCCCCUUGCCAAAGCGAAGUGCCCUCGCUGCAGGAGAUACACCUCUGAUUCCGCCAGCACUCCCUGCCCGCGGUGCCUCAAAGUCCUGGCUGGGAAAGGCAGCGGGUGA